UGGUCGUCAUAUCAAAUAAAUUGGCUGUCGUGUCUCGUAGCAUUCAAGGGCCAAAAAAGAUGUCGACCGACAUAAUUUUAGUACAUAACCUAGGAAAAAGUCCAUGAAAUGUUCUAAUAAAUAAACAUGAAGAUAAAACGCCAUAAAAAAGUUCAUAAAGACAUCUCUUUUUAUGUGAAUUACUUUCAUUUUCGGCCCCCUUAUCAAAUAAUAGUUGAUGGAACAUUUUGUUUUGCGGCACUAAAUAAUAAGAUUAACAUUAAAGAUAAUAUUCCCAAGUACCUUCAAGACAACGUUAAAUUUCUAACAACGCAAUGUGUUAUAAUAGAAAGUGAAUUGCUUGGAAAGAAGGUGUUUGGUGCAUUGCUUGUAUUAAAACAAUUUGCUCUACACAAAUGUGGCCAUGAAGGCAAGCCUGUGUCAGCUGUAGAAUGCUUACUAUCAAUGGUAGGCCAGGAUAACUCCAACCAUUACAUUUUUGCAACUCAAGAUAGAGAUUUACAAAAAAAAUUACGUCAAACUCCUGGUGUACCUUUACUUUUUUUGCAUCAAAAGACACCAGUUUUAGAACAUCCUUCUCAAGCUUCCAUACAAAAAGCAAAUGAAAUCAAACAACAAAGAUUUUCUUUAUCAAAAGAAGAAAUCGAUAAAUUAGAAAAGAUUAAGGAAUCACAUGGCAUUGAUACCAUAAUGGAAAUUCCAAGGAAGAGAAAAAGGAAAGGACCUAAUCCACUGUCUUGUAAAAAGAAAAAGACAAAUACUAAAAGUUGUAGUACAGGAGAAGAUAAAGAUGGAAAUAAUAAAAAGAAACACAAGAAAAAGGUUCGUGUAUCUAAACAUAUUAAAGAAUUAUUAAAAGAACAAAGUACAAUAAAUUGAGUUAAUAAUUUCUUUUUUUAAUAUUUCAAUGCAAACAUAAAUACAGGAUAUAGAUUUUGUGGAAAAUUGUUUUGUUUACUGAUUAGUACAGACUGUAAAUUCGAUUUUUGAAAUAUAUUUUUCAAAAGACACAAUGAUCUCGUUAUUGAAAAGUCUUUUUCAUCAAUUUCAAACUCUCCUGCAGGUAAAGUGUUUUCUUUCAAAAUAAUUAAUCCGUUUUUUGUAAGACCUUUUCUGAAAUAACAAUAUAGUAAAAA